UCUCUCUCUCUCUCUUCAAAUUCGUUUACUUCGUAAUAAAGCAUUCUUUCUUCUUUCUUCUAUAAAACUCGUUGAGCAGAGGUGUCUCUCAGAAUAGAAGAUGACUAAUCACUGCAGCAAACCAAAGAUGUCGAGUGAGAUCUGGGUCGCUCCCUUUUUCGGGCUAGGCCAUCUCCUCCCCUGCAUGGAGCUAUGCAAACACAUCGCCUCCAGAGGCUUCAAAACCACCCUCGUCAUCUCCUCCAACCUCUCCGUCUCCAUCCCCUCCUCUUUCACCCAACACCCUCUCAUCCAAAUCCUCGAAAUCCCCUCGCCUCCGCCUCAGCCUCCUUCGCCGGGCUCCGACCCCAUGCUCCAGCACCGUAGACACCACAGCCAGAUGGCUUCAGGCCUGGUAGAACUCCUCUCGGCCCGACCCGACCCGGAUAGACCCUUUUGUGCCAUCCUCGACGUCUUGAUGGGCUUUGCCUUUGAAGUUUUCCACAAGUUUCAGGUUCCAACGGUUGCUUUCUUCACCUCUGGCGCGUGCUCUGCGGCCAUGGACUACGCCACGUGGAAGGCCCACCCUGAAGAUAUUCGACCCGAUGAGGUCCGGUUACUCCCCGGUUUACCCGAAGACAUGGCGCUCACGUAUUUGGACCUCAAACGACGGCCUCAUGGUCCACCUAGGCCGCCGCCAGACAAUGGCGGCGCACCUGGUUUGGGUGCUGGUUUUCCUCCACCACCGGGUCUUGGGUCGAAGAAAAUGGGCCCACCCAAACCUGGUAAACAGCCAAUGUGGAUGGAGGCGGCGGAGGUCGCAAUCACAUUGUUGAUCAACACGUGUGACGAUCUGGAGCGUGCAUUUAUCGACUACAUCACUCAUCAAAUCGGAAAGCCGGUCUGGGGUGUAGGUCCGCUUAUGCCCGAGCAAUACUGGCGGUCCGCAGGCUCACUUCAAGACCGUGAAAUAAGAACCAAUCGACGAUCGAGCGUCACCGAGGACGAGGCGAUCCAGUGGUUGGAUUCGAAGCCACGUGGGUCAGUGCUAUACGUGUCAUUCGGUAGUGAGGUGGGUCCUACCAUGGAAGAGUACCCACAAUUAGCUGGCGCCUUGGGAGAAUGGACCGGGCCAUUUAUAUGGGUAAUCCAACCUGAUGCAGGUAGAUCGGGUCCCCCACCUGCGUUCACUGGGGAGCAAGGGCAACCCGAAGAGGGAUAUUAUCCACAUGGGUUGGAAAGCAAAGUGGGCGAAAGGGGUUUGAUAAUACGCGGAUGGGCACCACAGCUGUUGAUACUGAGCCAUCCAUCAACGGGUGGAUUUCUAUCGCAUUGUGGGUGGAACUCAACGGCUGAAGCGAUUGGGCGUGGGGUGCCCUUUUUGGCAUGGCCGAUAAGGGGAGACCAAUACUAUAAUGCCACAUUGGUGGUGAGGCAUCUGAAGGUGGGGUAUAAUGUGGCUAAAGAUUUAUCGAAAACGGUUAAAAAGGAGGAUAUUGUGAAAGGAGUGGAGAGGCUAAUGGGGGACGAAGACGUGCAUGAAACGGCGGCAAGGCUUCGCGCCAAGUUUGAGAAUGGUUUUCCAGCGAGUUCGGAGGCCGCAUUGGAUGCUUUUGUGGAUUUUAUUAGCCAAAAGGAUAAAUAAGUAAAUCACAUUUUGUAUGUGAUGGUAAUAAAGUCUACCUUGUAGACAAACCGACUCGCUUGGAACGUGAAGGCAAAAAAGCGCUAGAAAACAAAGAGGGUAAGCAAUUCCAUUUGCUCAAAUAGUAUUUCGUUGCUACAUCGAAUGCCAUCACCUCCCUCCCUACCUUGAGAGUUACUCGGUCUUUGGCUUUCUUUUGUUGGAAUAACCAAACCGCAACAUGCACAUUCAUACGACUGAGAAGGAGUCCUUUGCCGUCCAUGGCAUCAUCAAGAGCACCUUCUCCUCGUUCUAAUUGAAUUAGUUACGCUAGUGAACUGGCAAACACGAGCUAGAAAAGUAAUACCUUUGCGUCAUUAGUUUUUUUGGUUAAUAUGCCCUAUUCAUUACUACUCCAUUUGUAAUAUCUUCUUUAAAAAAUGUCAGCCGUAUCGAAUCUUUCAUCAAGAAAUUUGUAGCAAAAUAAUUUGGAGCU